AUGCCGGUGCAGCGAAGCAUCUUCGGGCAUCCUAUACGGCUCCAGAUGCCGCCGCGGAGGUUCCAAGUCGCCAUCAUCAUCGCCCUCUUCAUCGUCGUGAACCUCAUCUUCUACGGCCUUCCCACCCGCGACAGUCUUCCCAAGGUUCCCACAUACGAACAGGUGACCGAGGCCGUCAAGCACCCUCACGUGCCUGACCUGCCCAAGUUCCCCGACCAUCUCCCUAAGCUCCCUGACCAUCUUCCCAAGCUUCCUGAGCUGCCCGACAUUCCCAACGUACCGAAUCCGUUUGGCCCGGCAGCGCACAAACCUCCAGUCCAGCCCAACAGCACCGCCGCAAGUAGCUACCGUGCGAUCGAAUGGCUCUCCGACUUCAAAUGGCGCAACCCUUUCUCCUCUGCCGUCUCGCUCGACGAGAACCGCGCUGUACUCCCACCGCUCCGCGAGCGAACGCCAAUCUAUACGUACUACGACACGAAGAGCGAGCAGAACAAGGACGUUACCCAGGCAGAGAACAGGCUGAUCUUGGCCUGGCGGCGCGCGUGGUGGGCCCAGGGCUUCAAACCUAUGGUGCUAUCCCGCGCUGAGGCUAUGAAGCACCCUCAAUACCAGCUGUUUCAGCGCAUGAAGCUGGACAGCAGUGUCAAUGAGGAAAUCAUGAGGUGGCUGGCCUGGGGAAACAUGGGUGGAGGCAUCUUGACAAACUAUCUCGCUCUACCAAUGGCCGAAUAUGAAAACCCCAUGCUGAGCUUUCUGCGACGCAACGAGUUCCCCAAGCUGUCAAGGGUGCAGUCCCUUAACACGGGUGUUCUCUUUGGAGAAGAUGGUGCUGUCAACGACGCGCUCAAGAAGGUCAUGAAUCAUGACCUCCUCAAGGACACCACUGCCAACAAGGAUAAGAUUAUGAAGCUGGCCGAGUUAGACGGUGGGCCCGUUGUCAAUCUGCUGCCAUCCGCAGAUGUUGCUGUCGACAAAAAGGCCAAUGGUAUCGCCUUUUACACAAACAAAGUCCUUCGCAAAGACUACAAGACCGUUGCUGACAAGCUCGCGAGCACGACCACAGCUGAGGGCUACAAUCUGCUUGCAAGCCUGAUCAACUCACAUCUUCAUCUGACAUUCCAGGAGCAACAUCCAGAAGGCAUCGUAGUUGCAAAGCCGUUGCCCGAACACACAACUGCGCUCAUGUACGAGGCAACCGACAUUGCCCGCAACCUGACCCAAUGUCCAACUACACCUCUGCCCAUGUCGUGUCCACCGAAUCGACCAAAAUGCAAACCAUGCAAUCCCAAAAAGCCACUUAAACUGCAAGAAUUUCCCGAGUUUGUUAAUAGUACCAAGUUCUUCACAAUUGGAACGGUACCCCAUCCCUACACAAUCACUUCGCUGCAUUACACGCGGGACACUCUGGAUGUUAACUUCCUGCGCAACAACGCCAAGCGUGAUCUUUGGAUCAAGGAACUGACAAGAAAAUCCAUCGACGAAGGCCAUACAGAAUCGUAUCGCGUUGUUAAAUUCAAAGAGCUCGUCGCUGCCGCGCCAGCUCACACACUCUGGCUCACAGCCGAACGGGUCACCCAGCACGAUCUCGACUGGAUUUUUGGCUUUGGUCUUCCUGAACUCGCGUCUUCCACCGCGGAGCCCAGCUCACCAAGUGAGAAAUCAGAACUCAUCAUUUUCCCCCGGCCAGAUCCACCAGCGCCGAUCGAAGGGCAGGAGGUGCCUGACAAGCGCUGGAUUGAAAAAGAAAAGGAGCGCUUGCAUAGAGCCAGAGAUGCCAUUAAGAGCAAAGAUCGCAUGAUGAAUGCGAUUGUCGAAGCGGUGGAGCAGUGGAACCUUCACGAUCUGGAGGUGUGGAAGUUCUCCCGGGCCUAUUCGGCGCGUAGAAGGAUGGAAAGGAAGGUGUGGGAAGAGGACGAGCAGAAAUUCGCGGGUAGUGAGAAGAAGGCUGGUGUGAGACCGGGAGGGAAAAGCGCAGGCGGGAGGUGGUCUGACAGAAGAUGA